UUCCGCUAAUUUCUCUUCCGCAACUGACCAGUUCCGCCAUUGUUUAAACUCUAUUUUACAAACGGAACACGGCGAAAAGCCUUUUUUUCCUCAUGCAUAUUAGAAAACGCGAGGAUCAUCACUCUCCUUCCAUUGGGAGGAUCCAGUAAAUGCAGGACAACACUUAUGAAUAAUAUUCCGCAUUCGUUUACCGGGGGGAAAGUGGUGAAAAUGAAACUUUUCCUAAAUACACUCGCAGUGACUUUGUUUUUACUCGACCAUGGUGUGUUUGGUGUUGAGACAAACAGAGCGUCAGUGAAGGAGGGAGAUUCAGUCACUCUACACACUGGUGUUCAAACAGACCAACAAGAAGAUAUUAAAUGGUAUUUCAGUAGCAAUCGCAUCGCUCAAAUCAGUGGAGAUCUCAGUUAUAUCUGUACAGAUGAUCAGUGUGUAGGCACUGAGAGAUUCAGAGACAGACUGAAGCUGGACAAUCAGACUGGAUCUCUGACCAUCACAAACAUCACAAACACAGACUCUGGACUUUAUAAACUAGUGGUAAUCAGCAACAGCAGCAGUGAAAAGAUCUUUGAUGUUUCUGUCACUGGUGUUUCUGCUGCUGAACGAGAAGAAGUGAAGGAGGGAGAAUCUGUCACUUUAGAUCCUGGUGAAACUAAACACCCAAAUGAUGUGAUGACGUGGUAUUUUAAUGACAUUCUCAUCGCUGAAAUCACUGGAGAUCAGAGUAAGAUCUGUAGAGAUGAUCAGUGUGAUGAGAGAUUCAGAGAGAGAAUGAAGCUGGAUCAUCAGACUGGAUCUCUGACCAUCACAAACACCAGAACCACAGACUCUGGACUUUAUCAUCUACAGAUCAACAGCAGCAGCAGCAGCUUCAGUUUUAAGAGGGUCAAGAGUUUCAGUGUCUCUGUCACUGAUUCAGGUCUGUCUUCAGCUGCUGCAGCAGGAGUAUGUGCUGCUGUUGUUCUGCUGAUGGCUGCAGCUGGAUGUUUUAUUGUGGUUUACCGUCGCCGCAGAAGAUACAGACAAGCAGCACAGAAUAAGGAUGGUGAUGAUCCAAAAGAGAUUCCUUCGAGUUAUGGGAUGCCCUUAAAUCAGACUCAGGCCUAGCCUUCUAAGUAAACAACAUAGUGUAAUUCAUAACUUUUAUACUUUAAAAAGGGACACCUAAAAGAAUUAAAAAAAUGAUGAAGAGAAAAAGAUCAUCUGAAACUCUCGUCACUCACAAAGUGAUUCCAGGACAUUUUCUGUUGUAUGCCUGUUGCACUAUGUAUACAUAUGAAUGUUUAAGGUGUGGUUGGUAUUUUUUUUUUCAAAAACGCUUUAUAUAAAAAAAGAGUAGGGCAGAGUACCAAAACAAACUUGUAGCAAAUCAGCAUUAAGGGGCGUGUCUGCUCAUGAUGUGGAGGAGAGAGUGUUCAGCGCACAGGACGGAUAUUAGCCAAGCUGAGCGACGACAGAAAGAUAGAGAUGGUGAUAAAAACAGAAGAAGAAAACGUCUGUGAAACAAAAGAAGGCUUACGAUAAGGCACGAAGUAGGACCUGUGUAGAUUUCAGAACAGCUUUCCAGCGCUAGAGAGAACUCAAGGAGCGGAAAGUUCUGCAAUCGGACAACAUGGUUGCUUUGUUUCUUCUUUAUAGUUGAGUAACAUUGGUUUUGCUUUGUUUCAAAGAUCUAAUAGAUGUUGACUUUUGCUUAGAUAUGCUUGUCGUUUUCACUUGUUAGUUAAUCUGUUGUUUGUUGUUUGACAAUCAUAUUAUCGUUCCAGUCAACUAUGUUGAAGACACUGUCAGCCUGGAGAGAGAACACACGUCAAACCUGUUCAUCAAUUUGCACUGGCCACUAAUAGCUGCUUGCAUAAAAUUCAAGGCAUUAAUGUUUGCCCUCAAAACCACCACUGGCUCUGAACCUCUUUACUUAAAUUCAUAGACUUAUGUGCCUCUAGAAGCUUGUGCUCUGCAAGUCAACCUUGCAUCAUUGUUCUUCCCAAAGAGACACAAAAUCACUUUCACAGACUUUUGUAUUAAAUGUUCCCUCCUGGUGGAAUAACCUCCCCAACUCAAUCCCAGCAGCUGAGUUCUUAGCCAUCUUCAAGAAUCAGCUUAAACUCAUCUCUUCCAUCUUUAUUUGAUCCUCUAACUCUAGCACUCUCUAUUCUUUUCUUUAUAUAUAAAAAAGCCAUUUUUAGACUCUAUUUAUUUAAUAGCUGCUUGUUUUCUUAAAAAAAAAAAAAACUAACACUAGCUUUACUAGCUCUAAUCUUUUUGUAUUCUAUAUGUUUUCUUUUUAUUUAUGAUACAAUUAAUAAAAGCAAAGACGGCCUCUAUCACUAGCUUGCUCUAUUCUUUAUAUAUUGUUUUUUUUU